AUGGUUGUAACUGAAAAAUGCGAUGUCUAUAGUUUUGGAGUAUUGGCACUUGAAACACUCAUGGGAAAGCAUCCUUGUGAACUCUUGGUAUCACUAUCGGCAUCAUUUUCCAAGAAUAUAAUGUUAAGUGAUAUUUUAGAUCCACGUUUAUCGCUUCCAAGCGAUCGAAGAGUUGCAAAGGAUAUUGUUUUUGCUGCAACAGUGGCCUUUGCUUGCUUAAGGUCGAACCCAAAGUUCCGACCAACAAUGAAGUGUGCGUCUCAAGAAUUUCGUUCCCGGAAAAGACCAGUGGCAGAUCGUCUCCAAGCUAUCUCUCUGCUGCAACUCAAGGAGCAUGAUCUGUAUAUGGAUGAUGAAGCCAAAAUUCAAUCUCAGAAGUCAGGGGAAAUUGUUGAACUCCAUGCUAGUUCUUCAACUUGAUUUUCAUGUGUAGCAUUAUUUGAUCUCUUCACUUCCAGUCUUUCCAUGCAAUAUCGGAUGCUUGGGGUUUGGUUUUGCAGAUCUAUGAUUAUCAAUAAUUCUAGUGAUUUAGAAACCAUUUCUUAUUAUUCAGUACUAUAACUGAAUUAAAUAAAACACUAUAACUGAUUUAUCUAUAAUGGUGUAAUUCAUUUUGUAAUUUGAUUAUUAUUUGAUGAAUUAAAUAAAUAUUAGUUAUGUUGAUCGAAA